AUGGAUGAAUCGAAUGACGUGGUUCCCACAAGUGAGCGACCAAAGAAGCCAAUAAGCAAACAAGUUGCUAAACCGAAGCCUUCAGCCCUUUUCGUGUUUGGGGACUCCACUGUUGAUGCAGGAAACAACAACUUCAUAAGAACUCCUAUGAAAAGCAAUUUCCCACCUUAUGGUAGGGAUUUUAUCAACCACAUUCCCACCGGAAGGUUCAGUAAUGGUCGCCUUGUUCCUGAUUUCGUCGCUUCAUACGUCGGUGUCAAAGAUAGUGUCCCAGCUUAUUUGGAUCCCACUCUUCGGAUUGACGACCUAAUGACCGGUGUUUCAUUUGCAUCUGCCGGUUCUGGAUUUGAUCCUCUUACCCCUACACUUUCCGGUGCAAUUUCAUUGGAACAGCAGAUGAAAUACUUCAGAGAGUACAAAUCGAAGAUGGAGAUGUUAAUUGGGAAAGAACGAACGGUUGAUAUAAUUAAGAGGGCCGCGUUUAUGUUAAGUGCUGGAACAAAUGAUUUUAUCGUAAAUUAUUAUGCGUUGGGUGAACCAAUAUCACAGGUUUUGUAUCCGAACGUUUCAAGUUAUGAAAACCUUUUGUUUGAAAACAUCGACCAGUUCUUGAAGGAAUUGAUGAAUGAAGGUGCUAGAAAGAUAGCCAUGGUAGGUUUACCCCCAAUGGGUUGCCUGCCUGAAGUAAUUACUUUGAACAGAAAUGCUGCAAUGAAUGGACGAGAAUGCGUAGCAACCAUGUUAUCGGUUGCAAAAGACUACAACGUAAUUCUUCAAAACAAAUUGAAAGCGAUGCAAACUUCUGAAACCAAAUUCUAUUAUGCAGACAUAUACACACCUCUUCUUGACAUGAUUCAAUUUGGAAAAAGCAAACUUGGUUUUGAAGAGGUGAGUACCGGAUGUUGUGGAACUGGAUAUAUUGAAGCAUCAAUACUGUGCAACAUGAACUCGGCUAUAUGUGACGAUGCAUCAAAAUAUGUGUUCUGGGACGCUGUUCACCCAACUGAAAAAGCUUAUUACUAUGUAUUUACAACCAUCCGUCCGGUGGUUGAUACAGUAUUGAAUGACUAUUAAAGUAAAUUAAAAUGAUUUAUCAUUAAGCAAGAUGAUAGGUUUAAAGUCUAGUUCCCAUUUAAAUGCUUGUUAAUGUGUGCUUAGUGUUAUUAUAUGUGUAUGUAAUAUAUCCGGCCCACUCUCGAUUUGCAUAACAUUUUGGUUUUAGCUCUAUACCUUAAAUUAUCUAAACCAUCCUAUUUUGCC